AGCGAUUAUCCAAUGUGAUUAUACGUGCCUAUCUCAAUAGAAUCAAUUAGACACCAAAAAUGGCUUCUUCCAACAUGGCAUGUAGACUUGACUGACUGACUGACUGUCAGCUGCACAGACGACUCCCUUUUGACCGGACCAUACAGUCGUCCUCUGUCCAAUUAAUUCCUUUUUCCCUUCCAGCUUUGCGUUCACGCUAAAUAUAUAAACAGAGUUUUCUCCCUGACUCUCCACUCUCCUCCCAAUUCUUCUCAUCACUCUGCCCUCACUUCCCCUCUCCAGAUCUUCAAAAGAAGAAGAAAAACCCUAAAGCAAUCUCGAUCUCGAUUUCCAGCUCCAGCAAUGGCUCCCUCCAAGACCCUACUGCUCGCUGCCACUCUGGCGCUGAUUCUCGCCGCCGUCGCUCAGGCGGCAGAGUCCCCUGUUUCCCCUGCUCCAGCUCCCGGACCCACCUCUGCCGCCACCUCUGCCUCUCCCGCCGUAGCGUUGGCUGCUGCUGCCGUCGUCGUGGCACUGGUGUUUGGCUCCGCCGUCAAGAUCUGAAGGACCGGCGCCGUCUCCCUUGGUUUGUUUAGAGUUUGUGUUUGUUAUGGAGACGGUUACUAUAGCUCGUUAGUCGUAGAGAUAUGGUUGGUGCCUUGGUGGUGUUAUGACUUUUCAGUUUUCACUGUGUGUUUGCAUUCGGAAAGGAUGUAAAUCGGGUAUGGGUUAUCGUAUGAAUAAAUCAAACUGAUCUAGAUUUUGCCUAUUGAAUUCUUUAUACUAAAGACUCAAUCUUUUA